GCCAUUCACAUGAGGCAGCAGAAGCCAUAAAUCAAUCAUUCAAAAUCAUAAACCGCUUUUUCCUGCACAACAUCACUGCUACACGUUCACUCUCUGAUUGGCUUCUCUUUUAAAGUGUUGGGAAUGUUCUGCCAAUAAACCUCUGACCACAGCUAUGUUGGCUCCCCAGCAGUACUCAUAAACCAGAACAGCCAUGUCUGAGGGGUGAGUCUGUAACUGUCACACUCUGUGUCUUUCAAUCAAUCACCCAACUAUGGCAAUGUUGUCAAUAUGGGACAGAAAAUAACGCCUUCUUUCGAUUUCUUUGUUUGUUUGUUUGGUUUGCAAUAUGUUGAAACAGACCGGUAAGUCAGUUUUGGACAUAUUUUUCCCCCCUCAUACCCUUUGUUGUACCUCAUAUCUUAAAAAUGCCCUUUUGUUCAUUAAUUUGCAUUUUUUUGCACAAUCAAACCUUUGUAAUGGUCAUUUUGGUACUGUAUACAUAUGCUAUGCAAAGCAGUUAGCAUGUCAUGCUUAUGAAUAGCCACACUGACAUCUUGGCAACAGCUUGUGGGACUUAACAUGUUAGACAUUAUAAUCUAUCAGCAAUUACUGAGUAAUUGUCGUGUCGCAAGGCCAUUUGUCUCAGGCUAACUGAUAAUCAUCCAAAUGAUCCCAAGGCCACCGUAGCAGUAUCAACACGGAAGGAUUCAUUUGGUAUCAAUACCGAGCCACAUACAGAGUAGAAAUGAGCCCCUUGCUCUCUGAGACUGUGCUUCAAUGAAGGCUUGUGAUUUGGUGGCGGAGCAUUACAUUCUAUUACAUUAGGAACCACAGCUCAUCCUAAUCAAUAGAGACAGGCGGUUGUAUGCUCUGUAGCUCCAUUGUAAUAGAGACCACAUAUGACUAUAGGCUAACAUCAUCAGUGACUGUAAUGAAUAAGCCUACCUACAUAUGAAGAUGUGCUAACAUGAUUAGUGACUGUAAUGAGCCUAUAAUAUACUUGGUAUGUCUCAUCUCUCUCUUUCAGAAAAAGACAAAGUACUCAGCAACCCGCAGGUUACUGCUGAAGCAAAAGCUACUGAAGAAAGCUGGGGUCUUGCUGGUCCAGGAGCAAAGCAACAAGGUGACAGAGAGGGAGAGCACCUUGAGCGAGAGAGUACCACCGCUGAAACUCUCCGGCCUAUCUGUGCAAGAGCUUCAGGAGCUCUGUAAGGAACUGCACAGGAAAUGUGACACGGUGGAUGAGGCACGAUACGAUAUCGAAGCAAAAGUGCUCAAGAAUGAGAAAGAGCUCGUGGACCUGAAUGCAAAGAUCAACGAGCUGAAGGGGGGGAAGCGACCUAACCUCAAGAGGGUCAAGAAGUCUGCCGACGCUAUGCUGGGGGCUCUGACUGAGGCCAAACUCAGCUCCAAGUCAGACUUUAAGUCCAACCUGAAGACAGUCAAGAAAGACAAGAAGGAAGAGGAGAAAGUGGACCCGGGUGACUGGCGUAAGAAUGUGGAGUCCAUGUCUGGAAUGGAGGGCAGAAAGAAGCUUUUCAAUAGCUAAAACAGUUACAAAUGCACUGGUUCUGUAGAGAUCUGUGGCUGCAUUACCUGCUUGUUUACUCAUUCAUAUUUAGGAUUUUCAUGAAAAUAUAUUUUUGCAGUGAGAUUGUGUGUUUUUGGAGGAAAGUAUGAAGUGUGAGGUAUUUUACACUAAAGACUAUGGGAACUGUUUAGACAGUGGGAACUAAUCAAUAGGUGUAAUUACAAACUCUCUAGUGUCGGCUACUUUGGAUCAUUAUUUUUCGAUGUCAUGUUUGAUUUAGAUUCCUAUAAAGAGAAUAUAGUACAAUGUGGAACAACGUUAUAUGCUCAUCAUAUUAGUUCAUUUUGUAAAUAUUCAAUUCCAGUUUGUUAUUAAAACAUCAAUUAUUCUG